CAAAACAAGCAGCUACAGUGUACUAUAGAUCACCUUGAAGACUCUCCAUGGCCGACAGCGAUGAUAACACCACACGCAACAUGUUGCAGUACCUAAUUUUCGCGCUGUUACUUGUGAUCGGGCUCUCGCCCUUCGUGCUGAUGCUUUGGAAAAAUGUAGCGUACCGCGAGCGGCUGCGCGACACCUUUUGCUGCAAGGAUUGCAGCGAUCUCUGUACGCGGCGUGUGCACUACGACGAGGCGGACCUGCGAACGCUGCGAGAGCUGGAGGAACCUCCACAGCGCGAAAGCGUGGGCAUAAACGGCGCCUACCGUAUGUACCAGGCGCGACGAUCAAGGCUGUCGCUGCGCUUGGCCUCGUGGCGUGAAGAUGUCAAACGUGGUGGCGGCGAUGAUGACCGUCUGCACCACAAGUUGGCACAAAUCCAGGCAGCACAGUACCGGCGCCAGCAGGCACAGCCGGCAGUAACACUGAAUGCCAGCAGCGCUGCAAGCCGAGCCAACUUGGCGUCAAACGUCCCUUUCGACAUACGAGUUGUGGAGAUUAACGACCGCGUCGAUGAAUCCACCAGCUCAUCAGUGGCAGCAGCAUCGUCGAAUGUGUCAAAUAACUCGAACGACUCAGAUGAGGAGGCAGUUUACGAAUUGGUGCUUCCGACGCCGAAGAACGAGCAACGAGAAGCACCCAGGGCAGGCAGACGAUCAGUGGUCACUGCGGAGGAAGAGGAGGAGGAGAAGGAAGAUGUGAAGUCCCGCGGCUAUGAGAUCGUAUAGGUGGCGUGAAAUUAUCUGAACGAAUGCAAUUACGACGAGAAAGAACACCGCGGCAAAAGCGUGAACAAUGAAUGAAGAAGCUGCUGCGGUGAUAAAGUGAGUGAAGACGUUUCUGGUGGCGGCUACUAUUUAUCUGGUCGUGAACUUUUGCCGAAGGUUGUUUUGAGAUACUGCUGCUUGCCAGUGGGUGAGACUACUAUCAUUGUUUAGACUGGGAGCUGACGUUUUCCUCAAUGAACGACUCAGGGAUAGUCAGCAAGGUAAUACCACAAACUAUUAAUAGUAUUUAUUUCCCUUUUGAA